UCAGUCACACGUCAAGUUGUCAGAUUUCACCAAAGAUAUUAUUUCAAAAAUUGUUCACAUCUUACACAUUUUAUAAUAAUGCAACUCAAUCAUUUCUUAUUAAACACUUCAUUAACUUGGAGACGAUUUUUUCUUCUAAGUUCUCUAUUUAUUGGCCAUAUUCUUGGAAAUAAGCUUAAGGGCAUCAAGAAACGGACGUUGGUGUUGACGGUAACAAAAUGCCUUGUCUUUAUAUUACAACUAACGUCAAUUUGGACGGCUUCAAAACCGAUCCGUUCUACUCGGAAGUCACCAAAGCCGUCGCUUCUAUCGUUGGACGGCCUGAGAACUUGGUGAUGGUGGUGUUGAAGGGGUCAAUAGAGAUAGUGUUCGGUGGAAACAAAGAAGCAGCUGCAUAUGCAGAGAUUGUGUCGAUGGGAGGCAUCACCAAGCAAGUUAAGAGGCAGCUUAUUUCAACCGUUGGUUCUAUUCUUCACACUCAUUUUUCUAUUCAUCCCACUCGUUUUAUCUUUAAAGUUUUUGAUAUCAAUUCUUUGCCUCUUCCUUCUAAACUAUAGUUUUAUGAUCUGUCUAUUAUUGUUCAUACUUGACUUUUUCGAGUUAACGAACAACACAUCUCUUCUUGAACCUUUUUGUAUCAUUAAUUGUAUGUUUACAAGCUUUAUAAUACUAUAUAUCAUAUCAUCAUUCGUAA